GUAAUUGUGAGACAAACAAUUAUGUUGCAGAUCUAUGUUACUUGUGGUGUAUGGAGAUCUUUUGCUAAUAAAGAGUGGAAAUUUAUUGUUGAUGAAGAAAAAUGUGCAAGAUUACUCACCUUGCAAUCUACAACAACUCUUGAAGACCUAUUGAUGAUGGUCUCUGAAGACUACAAAAUAGAACCGGCUACAGUUGAUGUGGAAUUCACUUAUUUACCUACAGAUCUCGGUGUUGAUUCUCCUCCUGUUCUUAUGACGAAUGACCGACAACUGAAAAAUUUUGUCGACUAUUAUAAAAGGAACAGUUUGAUACGGUUGUGUGUGACAUUUAAAGUUAAAGGCGAUAAUCAAAGGAAUAUAGUGGAUACCGAAUUGGAUGAGGAGCCAAGUGAUUCGAUUGAAAGAGAUGAUGAUCGUAACGUGCGUAAAAAAUCUGCAGUAUUGGUUGUUGAGGAUACGCCUAAUGUUGGUAGAGUUUGUGAUAAGGUUGAAUCUAUAUUGGCAGAUUCCAUUGUAAAGAAUGGGAAACAUUUCAGAAGCAAGGAAGCUUUACAGGCAACUCUAGAAAUAUGUGUGAUGAAGUAUAACUUCGACUACAGAGUUACUAAAUCUGAUCCGACAUUUUGGUGUAUUCGUUGUGUGGACAAAGUUUGCAAAUGGAGGCUUCGUGCAGAAUGUUUGAAGGGAUCUACAUAUUUCAAAAUCAAUAAGUAUGUUGCUAAACAUAAUUGUGCUCCUUCGAAGAAAAGCAAAGUCUCUAGAACCCCUUCAGCAAGAACAAUUGGACAGCUCAUUAUGCAUAGAUACGAGGGUGUGAAGGAAGGGCCUAAACCCAAUGAUAUCAUUAAUAUUUUGCGUACAGAAUAUGGAUGUGAGCUAUCUUAUUCCCAAGCUUGGGAGUCUCGUGAGUAUGCAGUUAACGAAGUUAGAGGGAUACCUGAGAAAAGUUAUGGAAGGGGUUUGGUCGGUAUGGUUGCCAAAGCGUCAAAAGCGUAUAGGGUUGCUGAAUUUGAGCGUUUAUUCAAGCAAAUUAGCAACAUUAGUCCAGCGAUUGGAGUAUACCUACAAGAUGCAGGUGUGGAAAAAUGGGCUCGGUGUCAUUUUCCUGGAUACAGGUACGACAUUAGAACCACAAACCCUGCUGAGUCAAUAAAUUCAGCGUUGAGAUCGCCUAGAGAAUAUCCAAUAAUUCCUUUGUUAGACAGCAUUAGAGAAAUGUUGACACGAUGGUUUUAUGAGCGUAGAGCUUUAAGUGCAAAGCAGACAGACCCUUUAACUGUGGAAGUGGAGAAAAAGAUUGAUGGUAGGAUAGAAAAAGGCAAAACACUGAAAGUUUAUCCGGUUACUGAAUACAUAUUUCAGCUUAAAGGUGAGUCGUCUGACUACGUCGUUGACUUGGAAAGUAAAACAUGUUCAUGUGGAAAGUUUCAGUUAGGAAAAAUUCCGUGUCGUCAUGCCAUAAAAGCAGCUCUUGUGAUCGGUAAGGAGCUACAUGAAUUUGCUGAUGAAGUGUAUACAACUACAGCUUGGAGAUCGUUAUUCGAAGAAACCAUUAAUCCAAUUGCUGUUCCUGAAGAUGAAUGGCGUGUCCCAGAAAAUGUCGAAAAUGCUAAAGUCCUACCACCUGAAUCACGAAGAGGCCCUGGUCGACGAAGAAAACGAAGAUACGAAACUGUGGAAGACAAGAUACGAUCGUCACAAGGAUCACAAGGGUCUAAGAGGCAUAGGUGUAGUCGUUGUGGUCAAGAAGGACACAACCGAUCGACGUGUGAUACUACAAUAUAAUAACGGUUUGUUCCACAAUCCUUAUUCUCACAUGAAGUAUUGUUAAUUGGUAUUUCAUUAUCAUUUUAUUUAUUGUGUGAUUUUUUUUUUCUUUUUCAGGAUUGUUUUUCAUGUAUGAUCGUUGGGACGAGAAGACAAUUUUUUCUUCUUUACUCUUUUUAUUUUAUAAACUCAAUACGUUCUG